GAAGCAACAUGAUGAAAUUCGCAUUCGCCCUCGUCGCAGUCCUGGCUUUGGCCAGCCCCCUGCAAGCUUACAAUGUUCCACGUACAGGAACCGGUGUCCUGGCUGACGACGUGCAGGAGUUUGUCGAUCUCCUGCCAAUGGACGAAGUAAUCAAAAUCAUCCAUCGUUACGUUACCACUGACAGUGAUGUCCAAGCUGUGAUAAAAUUCAUGCACUCCAACGAAUUCAAACAAUUGGUCACCGAAAUCGAAACCAUGCCCGAAAUCCAGCACAUCAUGAACUACAUGCAGAAAAAUGGACUGGACAUCUACCAGGUGGUGAACCACAUUAACAAGUACCUCGAUCUCGAACCAUUGACACCACCAACCAACGUCCGAAUGGUGAGGGCCGCCGGUGGUAUCCGCGGAAUGCUCGACGAGGUUAAGGCCCUUGUACCCAAGGAGAAGAUCCGGGAACUGUACAAACAGAAAUUGGCUACAUCCAAAGUGUUUGCCGAGUUAGUCGCUCAAGUGAAAUCACCGGAAUUCCAGAACGUCGCCAAUAAACUAUGCGAUAACGCUACCUUCAAACACAUGUUGAGCGAAGCCAAAAAGGCCCAAGUCGAUGUCGAAGGUGUGAUCAGUUUAAUCGAGAACAGAUUGGGCGUUAAGAUCCCCUGCAGAGUAUGAAGUGACAUACCUUUGAUUCUUACUGACAACGCUUGAUUUACUCAUUGAUUUAAUUUUAUGCAAUCAAUAAGUGAAAUUAUAAUACU